CCGAUGAAAGAGUUUGCGAGUUUGUGAGUUUGUGGGAAACUUCCUUACACUUUACUGAAGAAUUAAAAUGCUUUCUUCAGCUCUAAGGGUUGGAUUUAGCCGGAUUUCGAUGGCUACCAAGAGGUGCCUCGUACCAACAAUCAAUGCAGGUACAUUCUCACGUUCCAACCAAACAGCAGCAGGAGACAACUGUGUCAAGUGGCAUAUCAAAGAUGGUGUAGCUGUCGUCAGGUUUGAUACUCCAGACUCUAAGGUCAAUGUCCUGUCUGAAAAACUCACCCGAGAACUGGUUGAGGUGAUGCAAGAUGUGGAAAACAAUCGAGAGGUGGAAAGUGUUGUUCUUGCAUCUUCAAAACCAGGCUGUUGGAUUGCUGGUGCAGACAUCAACAUGCUGCUUGCAGGUGACACCUCACAGAAGGUGGCAGAAAUUUCAGCCAAUGGACAAAAAGUGAUGCAACAUAUUGAGGAUAGUGCCAAACCUUAUAUUGCAGCUAUCAUGGGAACUUGCCUUGGAGGUGGUCUCGAGCUUGCCUUGUGCUGUCACUACAGAGUGGCUGUUGAUAAUCCUGCCACUGUUUUGUCUGCCCCAGAAGUUAUGCUUGGUUUGCUUCCUGGUGCUGGUGGAACUCAAAGAUUGCCUAAGCUUGUUGGCCUUCCCGAUGCUUUGGAUAUGAUGCUAACAGGAAAGAACAUCAAAUCAAAUAAAGCUAAAAGGAUGGGCCUUGUUGAUCAGCUGAUCAAACCACUAGGUCCUGGUCUCAAGGCUCCUGCAGAGAACACCUUACAGUACCUUGAAGAUGUUGCAGUCCAGACUGCUAAGAGUGUGGCUAGGGGUGCUAUAAAAGUAGAUAGGUCACAUUCAUGGGCAAACAUGAAAGACUUACAAUACAAAAUAACAACAGACACAGAAUUUGGAAGAAACUAUGUAUUCAAGAAGGCCAAAGAGACGGUUAUGAAGAAGACAGGAGGUCUCUAUCCAGCUCCUUUGAGAAUUAUUGAUGUUGUUAAGAAUGGUAUGGAGAAAGGUCAGCCAGAAGGUUACAGGAAAGAGGCUGAGGUUGGUAAUCAGCAGUGCUUACUUAUGGAUCACAGUUAUAUUCAACCUCUUUACCAACAGGUUAGUCUUCAGAAAGGUCAUCAUGUGAUAUUGAAAGACAACAUCCAAGAGGGACUCACACGUGGACAGGAACAAAUCUUUAAGGGAUUAAAUGGUCGUGUGAAGAAGAAGGCAAUGACAUCAUUUGAGAGAGAUCAUAUGAUGUCUAACCUGUCUGCACAAUUAGACUUCAACAACUUUCAGAAUGCUGACAUGGUGAUUGAAGCUGUCUUUGAGGAUCUCAACAUCAAACACAAAGUUAUCAAGGAAAUUGAAGAGGUCAUACCUGAACAUUGUAUAUUUGCUUCAAAUACAUCAGCCCUCCCCAUACAUCAGAUUGCACAAGCAAGCAAGAGACCAGAAAAGGUUAUAGGAAUGCAUUACUUCUCUCCAGUCGAUAAGAUGCCUCUUUUAGAAAUCAUUACUACAGAUCAAACUUCUAAUGACACAGCUGCUGCUGCUGUUAGUGUUGGUCUGAAGCAAGGCAAGACAGUCAUUGUUGUCAAGGAUGGCCCUGGCUUUUACACCACAAGAAUCUUGGCUCCAACAUUAGCUGAGGCAGUAGCUCUUCUUCAGGAAGGAGUAAGCCCAAAGAAUUUAGAUAACCUUACCAAGUCAUUUGGUUUCCCCGUUGGAUCAGCUACUUUGGCUGAUGAGGUAGGAAAAUUGGUUUUUUACAUCAUUCAACUUUUAGGAAGAAAAUCUGGAAAAGGCUUCUUUGUGUACACUGGGAAAGGUGGCAAGCGUGAGAUCAAUGGUGAAGCAGAGAAGAUCCUUAAAGAAUUUUCCAUUCCCAAGAAGGGAAGUCAUGAACCUGAGGAAAUCCAAAUGAGACUAGCAUGUCGUUUUGUCAAUGAAUCUGUUCUAUGUCUUCAAGAAGGAAUUUUAAGAAAUCCAGUAAGUAAAGGGUACAUUGCAAAAUAAAUGUUGAUCUUACAAGCAGGAGCAGUGAUUGUUGUAUUUCUGCCCCCUAAACUGAUCUGCCCUGUUAAGGUGCAAUUUGAACCGAUCCUUUUGCACAAUAAUUUUCUCUCCAUACUGACUGCCUUACAUUUUGUCAUCUAUGUUAGUUUUGGGAAUUUGUGGACAGUAUCCGUCAGUUUAUUCUCGUCACCUGUUUGUUUGGCACUGUAUUGAGUUUGAAGGGAGAAAUAGGAUCUGGAUCACUCUUGAGAAUAAAUAACUGAUAUCUGGUAUUGCUUUGUUUCUCAUGUUACGCUAGCCUGCAAACGUAGACAGAGGCUAAUCUUACAUUGUCAUUACCACACUGUUGCACUGUCACGGAGGCUAAUGUUUUGCAGGCUAAU